AUGACUUCCUUAGCCUCAACUAAUCCCUAUGGACCCGGGCCUUCACAAGCCGUUCCCAACACGAGCCUACCAGGGAAAUACCCCUCAAAAUCACAAGACAAACUUAGAGAAAAGGUUUUACAAAUUGUAAAGUCUCUAAGGACUGCUCUUCCUGCUGGCGACGAAACUUUUAGCUUCGACAACGAGAAUUCGACCACAACACCGAGGUUUGGCGACCUAUCGCAAUACAACGUCGUUGACAUAUAUGAAAAAUAUCUAUGGGAAACCGAGGUGAAUCGGAUUCUUUCCCGCUUAAACAAUCCUCAACAGCCCCUAGAAUCGGCUCUCAGUCGCGAACUCGCCUCAAGUAUCAACAGUACAGGAUUCACUUGGCUAGAAAGGCUUUCCGACCAGUUACUCUGUGCACUGUCUAUAUACGGGCUGGACGAUAAUCUGAUGGUCGCCUCCGAAUCACAGAGGCGGAUAUCAGAUAGAGGGUUCAUCAUUGGGCGAAGCUUUGAAAGGCUUGAGAGAAGGCUCGGUUCAGUGCCAGAGAUCAUACGCAAAGGUGGUAUACGAGAGCGCCACGCAGUUCGACGAGAUAUCGAAGUGAAUGAGCAGUACAUGCUUCGCGAUGGGGUUGUCGGUGUGACAGAUAGUGAGGCGCCGAUCUACUACCACCUUGUUGACUAUGUUACCGAAACUCUGGCGCGGCUACUGUGCGACGACUUUACCUCAGAUGAGGUUGAUUGGGUCAGCAUAGUCGUCACAGUACUUGCCAAAUAUUCAACAAAGCUGAAGGUUCUUUCCAGUGAACUGCCAAAAUAUGGCGUUGAGGCUCUAGAUAGACACUCCCACAUUCGACAGGACUUGGGGUACUAUCCGGUCACCGCAGCUGAGAACCCGUCUGAAAUUAGUCUUGAUGUGACAGCAGGGUUUCUAGAUCGAGACAACAAUUCAAAUCCGACGCGAGGUCCUGGGGACCGCUACAUUGCAACUUAUAGUUCAGAUAUGAGUGCGAUAUCGAACUGGAUAUUCCGCCUUCUGUGGCAUAUUUUCAGCGACUUGAAUAUUCGAAACACUCGAAGUAGACAGACAGAUGAGUUCGAAGUCUCUGCUGUUGUUUUUUCAGCAGGAUCGCGAGGCAUUCCCACCAUUACCUUUCAGAAUCGGCUGGGACACAUCUCAGGUUCCUCAUCUGGUGUAGCAGUUGGGAUGUUUCGCCGUGCUUUUGGUCUCCUACGAAACACUGCUUUCGAUAUCCAGAACAGCUCGAGCCAGGCAAUUGCAUCAAGGAGAGUCCUAUCACAGUUGUCUAUCCAAAGAGGGGCUUCUUUCUCCGUCGAACUGAAAACCAUGGCUGAAGUAAUGAGUGUUAUGGUCAUUUCAUCGUGUAUGGAUCCGUCUGCGAUGGAUGACAUGGUGCGGCUUUGUGCUUCGUUACGGGUUUCACACAUUCUUACCAGGAUUUACGAUUCAGUCCAAGGUUUUAAGGGCUUUGUAAGUCUGUACAACACUCUUUCACGGAAAGAUCUUACGUCACUGCGAAGGAGCCUUCCACUGUCUGAUUACUUCGACUCAACCGGGAACUACCGACUUCCUUCUCAACUGAGGCAGGUUGAGAGAAAUCCUCGACAACAUGACUUGGAAGCCAUUAGAGCAGUUGAAGAACAGAUCCCAGCAUCAAAACGUAAAAGGGUCUCGGACUCGGCCAGUAAAUGGGCAAUCGAAGAGCACGCUGUUAGCGUAAGCUGUCUACCGUAUACCCUUUCGAUACUGGUGGGAUGUGCCAUACUUGUUCUUGGUGGACUUAUGGCUGGCUUUUUCGUCGGUUCGCGUAUCGACGGCGUGGAUCCUUUUAAUAUCACCAUGUUUGCUUGGAUCGUGGCAGCGUUUAUCAUCCUGGUUUCAAAGAGCAUUCGUGUUGGCGAAUGGACUUGGAGAGACUUUUUGAAGAGUCGCGUCACUUGUCGAACUGUAAGCGAGCUGGCAAAUGUCACAAACUUGCCCGAGCAAAACAUCAUAAUGCAUCUCCUAUCAUCCGAGAGGGAAACUCCAUUGGUUUUUAGAGGGCCUUAUAACAACGUAUUUUCCAAUACCGGAGCUGAAGGAUUCUCUGUGGAUGUUAAGCCGACCGUCGGCACGCUCUUCGCCAGCGGUUUAAUUGUUUUGGAGGUUCUGGUGGAGAGUGGCUCGGCGCUUGUUUGCCUUGAUCUACGACCUGUGGUAACUACAAUCGACAGUGACACUGAAGGAAACAGUCAUAAUCCGAGUAUACGCGGUUACCAGGUAGUUGAUAGAUUAGGGAAACAGCGGAUGGUGCACAGGCAGCGCAAGCCGUGCCGAGUACUGGCUUGCAAGGAUCCGCCUAUUCAGGACGAAACGGAGAAGGAUAUCUUGUUUCGAAAACAGGUGCUUCACUGGGAGAAGAUUAUUGGUGUCUAUAAUAGGCUAACUCAAACUGUAAGAUAG